AUGUCACCACUUGUAGUGCAACAUAUUGAAUUAACGAGUAAACAUCACGUAACUUCCACAUUUCAUACCGUCCACUUCUUCAUUGGCUAUUAUGUCGCAUUUAUGGCUCAAUCAGCUCUAAUGAGUUGUUCAGUACUUUAUUUCUUGCCAAGUUAUAUUCUGGCAAGAUGUUUAGAUAAGCUUACAAAUGAUAUGUAUCGUGCUGGAGUUAUGAUUGAUAGCGAGAUGACAUCUGAAAAUGCUCUAAAUAAGCUGGAAUCAUUCCAGAAACGAUAUCAGGUUAUCACUAUUAAAAGUGCUAUUAACAAGAUGUCUUGUGAUGGUUGUAGUGAUGAUGGUAGUGAUCAUAUGAUAACUCUUAAAAAGGCAGCAAAUGUUAUUGAAUUUAAUUUCAAAUAUAUCGCCUUCUAUGUGCAAACAAUUUGUUUGAUUGAACUAUCCUGUCUACUUUAUGCAUACUUGCAAAUUUUGAAUUGGAAUUGGUUUAAUACAAUAUUAUUCCUCGUUUUCGUCAGUCAGAUCACUUCAUUCAUAUUAUCCUUUAUAGUACCUGCUUAUCUCAACCAUGAAAAGAAUAAAAAGAUCUCAGAAAUAUGUCCGGAAAUGUUCGAAAAACUAAUGCAAAAGGAUUCGAAUACCGUGCUAGCGACAAAAGUGUUAAUGUUCAUGUAUCAACUUGAAACAAUGCCGAUCACUUUUACUUCUGGUGGAUUCUUCGUUGUCAAACGUUCCCUUCUUCCUACAUCAGCAAGAGAUUGGACCCAUGAAUCACGAUUUAAUAAAUCGAUUAUACUCUUCAAAACAGUCUCGCAUAAUUGCUUGCCUUAUCACCCUACAAAAUGCUUGCUUCUGUUCAUUGCUGUUAGUACAAGGAUGAAUUGUUAA